AUGACAAGCAAGGCGAACUAAUUCUUCUACCUGUAUCACUUCUCCUUUUACGCGUACCAUUAUCGUUUCAACGGUCAGUACAGCGGACUGGCUCUUCUUACAUCGUGGCUGUUCAUUCAGCCAUGUGUCAUUGUCAUAAAAAUUGAGAAGAGUGUAGUCCAAACUUGUAAAAAUGUUUCUUCUGAAACAUCGCCCGUUUGGUUCUGUCUUGUUGUUUGUGAUGUGGAAGAACCGCGCGAGGUGCGCCUGAGCAGUGCAAUUGGCCCUGAGCGGGAUGAGCUCCGUCGCUGUGGGAGCCUCCGGCCCGAGACGGCUGCUGUCUUUGUUCUUCUGAAACUCGACGCCGCGCUCUCGCCCCAAUACGCGGUCCAUCUCCCCCUCGCCGAUCCCCCGCCCCCGCCGUCACCAUCCGUGUUGCCGCGCGGCGCGAGAUACAGUUUGCUUGCUGCCAGUGGUGCCUCAGUGCCGAAGCUGCAGGGUUUGCGAGCACAGGUGCCUGAAGACGGGAAAUUUCCUGUCCACGUGGAUGUGGGUGUGGGUGUGGGGGCGAGAGCAGCGUGGCUCGCGCCGUUCAAGGCGGCGGGGCGACCGAGGGAGCAAGCCGGAAGUGCGCUCCCGGUGCCGCUUCCGGUGCCGAGCCGCGCGGAUCGCCCUUGUU